GGAAAGUAUAAAUUUAUAGAAUCUGAAAAUCGAAUCGAGCUGCACACAAAUAAAAACUGUCGCCAUAAAUCUCACCCUGACGUGUGUAGCGCCGCCCGUUGCCUCGCUAGAAGCCAGGGUUUGUCGUAAAGCAAUUUGCAAAUGGAUAGCGAACGUUCCUUCAAAGUGCCGCCGGAAACGGAGAGGUUUCUCUGCGAACGGUUGCUGGACGAAAAGCAGCCCAUAUCAGAGCGGUUUAGAGUCCUAUUUUCUCUCCGCAACCUCCGAGGCGUCGCACCCCGCACUGCGCUCAUCCAAGCAACUAGGGAUACUUCAAACCUGCUUGCACAUGAGGCAGCAUUUGCUUUGGGUCAGAUGCAAGAUGCUGAAGCUAUCCCUGCAUUAGAAGCUGUUCUAAAUGAUCUUUCGUUGCAUCCCAUUGUGCGCCACGAGGCUGCAGAAGCUCUUGGUGCAAUAGGCUUGCAAUGUAAUGCCCCACUUCUUAAGAAUAGUUUGGCUUCAGAUCCAGCUCAGGAAGUUAGAGAGACAUGUGAACUAGCCCUGAGUCGAAUUGAUGGGUUGAAGAAUACCUCUGUGACUGAGGCAUCCCCUUUCUUGUCAGUGGACCCUGCUGCUCCUGCUGCUUGUUCUUCUGUAGAAGAACUCAGGGAAGUUCUAAUGAACGAAGACAAGAGCAUGUACGAGCGGUAUUCUGCUCUUUUUGCUCUUAGAAACCUUGGGCAAGACGAAGCUGUUUCUGCUAUCGUUGAGUCUUUAGGUGCCAAUAGUGCUCUACUGCGGCAUGAGGUUGCUUAUGUCUUGGGCCAACUGCAGAACAAGAAAGCUUCAGAUGCACUUUCACAGGUUCUUAGAGAUGUAAAUGAACAUCCUAUGGUUCGACACGAAGCAGCAGAGGCUCUUGGUUCUAUAGCAGAUGAAGAAUCGAUUGCUCUGCUUGAGGAAUUUUCCAAGGACCCCGAGCCCAUCGUCUCACAGAGCUGUGAAGUCGCUCUCAGCAUGCUUGAGUUUGAAAAAUCGGGAAAAUCCUUUGAGUACCUUUUCAUGGAGACGCCUCAAGCUUCAUGCUAAGUGGAAUUUCUUGUUUUUCAACUUCACUAUUCUCAAGAGUGGUUCAAGAAUCAAACCCUCAACUAUUGUAGAGAUGGAAAUGAGGUUGCUCUAAUUUUGUCUACAUCUCUUAACUUAUGAAUUUGGCUUUCACCUUGUGAAGAUGACUUAUUUAUCGGCUACCCUCCUAUGCAUCUGUUAUAUUACUAUAUGAUUCUUCAUGGGAAUCAAUAUAAUUGAACGAUACAUAAUAGAGAAUUCAUUAUGUUAAAUAUAUAAAUUGUUUAGGGAUACAUUAUUUAUAAGUUGAGUGUAAAUUUGUAUCAACUUUUGUUAUUAACAAAUCGAUUAAAGUGAACCGAUAUGAUUUUGUUUC